AUGCGGCCAACGGGUACCCCGUUCGAGGUUGUGCUCCCAUCAUCGACGUCUUUCAUAAAGAUACUCGAUGUUCCUUACUUCGAUCUGAAAGGGUUGAAGAUCACCCAGGAGGCGCUUGAAAAGGCCCUCCGUACCUCAGUUCACGCUGAGGUCUUCGCAUAUCUGAGCACCAAGCCUCGGAUCGACCGCAAUUCGGCGCACUCGACAUCGUGCACUGUCUAUUGCAAUAUUUGGGACUCCCAGCAGGGAACCAGUGCCAAGAAGGCCCUUGGCCAACCGAUCUUCCUUGCCGGGCAGUCCUGCACAAUCAGGCCAGCUGCGUGA